AUGAUCGAACAGAAAUUUGCCAGUGGAUCGCUGAGCAACUUGCCAUACACCUUUGAACUAACAGCCGCGGGUGCUCGGACCAAACUGCGCUUCGGACGGACCAGAGACCUUGGGAGCUCAGGUGGACCCCCUCGAAACUGGAAGGGCAUUGGGAUUGCGAUGGUGGUUAUCCUGGGCGUCAUGUCUCUGGUCCUCCUCUCCGUCAUCCUCCUCAGCCCAGAUGACACUCAGCUGCUUCUCCGAUCACACCUAACUGUUGAGGACCUGGAGAGCAACGAGUUCAAAGUUCAUGACCCCUGCGUAAUUUGGCUGAAUGAGAAUGAAGUGACAAUGCGUAACCGAGAUGGUCAUGUUCUCAUCUACAAUGUCUUGACCAACCAAACCACCAUACUACUGAACAACAGUACGCUGGACCUAAAAACCACCAGGUUCCAAGUGUCUGCAGACAAGAGGUUCAUUCUUCUAGCAUAUAACAUUCGGCAGGUUUUCUCAAAGUCCUUCACAGCCUCCUAUGCUAUCUACAAUGUGGCCACAGGAGAUCUUACAGAACUCGGAGAGGAUGGUUCUGUUUUACAGUAUGCAGCCUGGGGACCGCAGGGGAAUCAACUGGUCUAUGUGUUUGAAAGCGAUAUCUACUAUAAGUCAGACGUGUCUAGUCAGGCAGUACAGCUGACGUCCACUGGUAGACAUGGGCUGGUUGUUAGUGGAGUAACUGACUGGACCUAUGAAGAGGAGAUUCUGCUAACGUACCCUGCUCACUGGUGGUCCAAAGAUGGGGCCCGACUAGCUUAUCUGACCAUCAACAACUCAGUCACUCCUGUAAUGGAAGUUCCUUACUUUCUGGGUGGGAUCUACCCUUCUAACAUACUCUACCCAUACCCCAAGGCUGGCUCCGGUAUCCCUGCCGUCAGUCUCUUUGUGGUCAAUCUUUAUGGUCCAGCUCACACGCUGGAAAUGAUUCCUCCAGACUCUCAAAGCUCCAGAGAAGGCUACAUCUCCAUGGUGAGCUGGAUCAGCAGUACCCGUCUGGCAGUGCGUUGGAUGAACCGGGUUCAGAACCAGUCUGUGCUCUGUGUGUGUGAGGCCACGACUGGAGCCUGCUCUGAGAAGCACAAAAUGUGGGUGGACUUUUGGCAGGACCAACGGCAGGAGGAGCCGCUGCUCACGGCAGAUGGCUCUGUGCUGUACCUCACGCUGGCUGCCAAACGUGGGGCCCGCGGGGAGUUCCGCCACAUCGCUAGCCUUCCUGCUCAGCCUGGCCUUUCUUCUGUCUCUCCUCGAUUUCUAACUUCAGGGAAUUGGGAUGUAACCUCUUUAUGUGCCCUUGAUGAAGAGAAUGGUAAAAUCUACUUCUUGAGCACAGAGGAGAGUACACAGAGCCGACAUCUGUACAGUGUGGAGCUGGUAGGCAUGUUUCAUCGUCACUGUCUCACCUGUGACCUGACUGAGCAGUGUACCUUCUUCAGGGCUGAAUUCAGCCCAAACCAGACUCAUUUCGUCCUCCACUGUUUGGGGCCUGGUGUUCCGAGGGUGACAAUACACAGCACAAGUGAUCCGUCCAGACUCACUAUACUGGAAGACAACAAAGUCCUGGCUUUAUCACUAGGGGCCAAACAUCUUCCUGAAGUCCUUUUUCGAACCCUGUCCUCAGACAGCUAUGACCUGCAUCUGAAGCUGUCCCUUCCACCGGGCUAUGAAAGAAACCUGCACCCCCUGCUUGUCAUUGUCGAUGGUAGUCCUGGUAGUCAGUCUGUGACAGAGGAGUUUGCCCUUGGCUGGCCGCAGGUCCUGUCCAGCGUGCACGGUGUGGCUUUGGUCUGGGUGGACAGCCGGAGUCGGCUGUCACGGGGGCAAACGAGCGGCACGCUGGACCCUGGCAAACUGGGUUCACUCAGGGUCAAAGAUCAGCUGGGUGUAGUGGAAUGGUUAAUGCAACUGCCCUACAUAGACGGAAGACGGCUCGCCCUCUUCGGGAAGGAAUUUGGUGGAUAUUUAUCUCUAAAGAUACUCACUGCCACAGAGCAGAUGUUUAAAUGUGCAGCUAUCAUGGCUCCCAUCACAGACUUUAAACUCUACAGCGCAGCCUUCUCAGAGAGGUAUCUGGGCCUUCCUGCCAAAGAAGAACAUUCAUACAUGAUGGCAUCUUUGCUUGAAGAGGUCCACAAGCUAAAAGAUGAGACCUUUCUCCUUCUGCAUGGUACUGCAGAUGCUCGAGUACACUUUCAGCACAGCGCCGAGCUGCUGAGCCAUCUUGUGAGGGUUAAGGCCAACUACUCACUGCAGCUGUACCCAGACGAGGGCCACUCUCUUCGGGAUGAGCGCAGUGUGCAACACUUCCACCGCACUCUCGUAAACUACCUCCACAACUGCCUCAAGUAUGACCCCUUUCUUACCCCUGUUGAGGAAGAAGAAGAAGAUGAUGAAGAUUAA